UUGUAAGGCUGCUGAUGCUGAGAGAUCGCGCCGAGAAAUCUGUAGGACCAUGAUUGCGGAUUUGGGGUUUAUAGGCCGUGGCACAUCGCUAAGGAUUGUUUUCUAGGUAUUCUGACUGCAAGGAUAAUGAGGAAAAGAAGGAACUGGAAACGUCAGUUUAACGUGAAGUGAUGGAUGAGUGAGAGUGUUUGAGGAAACUCAGCAUCUGAUCCAAUGGCGAAGAAAGCUCGCGCUAAGGGCGAGAAGCCUGAGGCACUCAUCUCUGCCUUACAGGCAGCCAAUGAAGAUCUCAGGUCCAAACUAACUGAAAUUCAAAUCGAACUGCAUCAAGAAAAAUGCAAGGUGACCAAGCUGGAGCGAGAGAAGGUGCAGGAAGGAAAGCGCAUCCGAGAGCAGGAGCAGCACAGGCACACUGUGACAUUGACGGAGCAGCGUGCCCGCUGGCAUGAAGAGAAGCUUAAGGAGCUUGCCUCGCUACGGGAAUCGCUAACAAAGCAGCAUGAACAGGAACUAGCCCGUACGGCUAAGAUCAAAGAAGGCGAGAUCCAGCGUUUGCGGACUGCACUUAGUGCACUGCGCGAUGGCAGUGGCGAGAAAGUACGUACUGCGCUAACGCUAGAGGCCCGAGAGGAGGCCCGGCGAUUCUUUGACCAGGAGCGUGUAAAACUGCUGCAGGAGAUAGCGGAGCUGAAGUCCACCAAACGGCAGACAGAUGAAGCGCUGAACACGGUUAUUUUAGCCGACAAGAUGAAGGCGGGUGACUUGCGCUCUGAGCAUCAUGCACACCAGGAACAAAUUACCAAAAUUAAGUGGGACAGUGAGCGAGAUAUUCGACGAUUGGUGGAUGAAAUCAAGGCAAAAGACAGAACGAUCUUUGCUUUGGAGAAGGAGCUGGAAACAGCGACAGGUUUCAUGCAGAAGUUGCAGCUUCAGAAGGAUGCACUCGAUGAGCAGCUGUUUCUGGUCAAAGAGGCAGAAUGCAACCUAGGAAGCCCAAAGAGAGAAAUCCCUGGCCGUGCUGGAGAUGGUGCAGAGCAUUGCGGGAGUCCGGACAUGAGAAGAAACCAGAAACGCAUCUCUGAACUUAAAUCCACCAUCCGUAAACUGGAAGACCGCAACACAAUCUUAGUGGAUGAAAGAAAUGAACUGUUGAAGCGUGUGCGGGAAUCAGACAAACAGUGCAAGCCUCUGCUGGAGAAGAACAAAUUACUGAGCAAGAAAAAUGAUGACCUGAGCCAUUCGCUCCAGAGGAUGGAGGAUAAACUCAAAUCAUUAACCAAGGAGAACUUGGAGAUGAAGGAGAAGAUCACGGCUCAUCCUCCACUGAAGAAGCCGAAGUCUCUGAACGAUCUGGAUCAGGCCAGUGAUGAUCAGGAGAUUGAGUUCCUCAAGCUGCAGGUUCUGGAGCAGCAGAGCAUGAUCGAUGAGCUCACACGAGAAAGAGAAAAACUCUUGAGGAAGAAGAGACAUAAACGAAGCAGACCGAUAAAGAGGCACAUUGUUGUAGAUACCUUUUAUGGGUAUGAUGAAGAGUCGAUGGAUUCAGAGACUUCCUCAGUGGCUUCCCUACGUGUGGAUCGAACUCCAGCCACACCAGAUGAAGAUUUAGUUGAGGGUCUGGCGGCUGAAGAGUCAGAGUUGCGGUUUAAGCAGCUGACACGGGAAUAUCAGGCUCUUCAGAGAGCGUACGCUCUGCUACAGGAACAGAAAGGAGGUUUAUUGGAUGCAGAAAUGGAAGCCAAGGCCCAAGAGCAGCUCCAUGCAGACGCUCAGAGGCAUAAAGCUAAAAUUGAGGACUUGGAAAAAGAGCUUGCCUUAAAAGGACAGGACUCUAAAUGGGUGGAAGAGAAGCAGCUGUUCCUCAGACGCAAUCAAAAGCUGCUGGAGAAGGUUGAUAAAUUGGAGAUUGAGAGUGGAAAGCUUCAUCAGGAACUUCAGGACUCUAAAGAUCAGAAUGAACUGCUGGAGUUUCGCAUACUAGAGCUGGAGGAGCGUGAGAGGAGGUCGCCAUUUACCCUACAAAUCCACCCUUUUUCUGAGGGAGUGAGUGCGCUACAGAUCUACUGUAUAAAAGAAGGAGUAAAGGACGUGUGUAUACCCGACCUCAUCAAACUGUUGGAUAUACUGGGAGAUAAUGGGAAUUUAAGGAAUGAGGAGCAGGUGGCCAUUAUUCAAGCAAGCACUGUUCUGUCUCUCGCUGAAAAGUGGAUUCAGCAGAUUGAAGGUACAGAAGCAGCUCUGCAUCAGAAGAUGAUGGACCUGGAACUGGAGAUGGAGAUGUUCUGUAAGCAGAAGGGGUAUCUGGAGGAGGAACUGGACUACAGGAAGCAGGCGCUUGACCAGGCCUACAUGCAAAUCCAAGAGCUGGAGGCGACUCUGUACAACGCACUGCAGCAGGAUAAAGUGAUAAAGUACGGAGAACCACUGGAUGAGCUGCAGAAGGAUGAGUUGCGGAUGGCUGUGGAGAAGCUGCGCAGACAGAUGUUGCGGAAGAGCCGAGAGUAUGACUGUCAGGUGCUGCAGGAAAGGAUGGAGCUGCUCCAUCAGGCUCAUCAGAGGAUCAGAGAUCUGGAGGAUAAGACAGAUAUACAGAAGAGACAGAUUAAAGAUCUAGAGGAGAAGUUUUUAUUUCUGUUUUUAUUCUUCUCUCUUGCCUUUAUUCUUUGGCCUUGAUGUCUGUGACAUCUUCCACUGCACAGGAUUUGAAGCAACCAGGAACUGUCGCAUGCAACUGCAGUUUUUCGGUUGUUAUGACUCAAGGCGUAUUAGUGGCUGUUUUGUUUAGCUUGUGUGGAAGUGGGAAAUUCUGUGUUAAUGAUUUUGGAUUUUAUUGGGAUUAUCUGCAACACUGCACACGAUAUGUCUUCUGGAUUAUAGAUGCAAACCCCUCUGUGGAGUACCAAAUGCUUGAAAUCACACUUACAGACCAGGGUGACAAAAACAUAAUCAUCAACUGGAGCAUUAUGGAUUAUCUCUGCCAUGCAGGGACCUGCCAUAACCCUGUCUCUACUUCAUCUACUGUGACUGCUACCAACCACAACCCACAAACUUCUCUCUUUCUCUCCUCCUACUGACACUUUGGGAAAUUAAAAGUGGAAUGGAUGCCUUUGUGGACACACACACACACACACACACACGAGUUCUCAGCGCUGACUCAGGGCCUGUUAGUGAGGUGACAGUUGCAUCUCUGUUGUCAGGACCCAUUAGGAGAGGUGUCUUCCUCACUGCCUGAAAACAGACAGCCUGAGAGAGAAGAGACCGUCCACUACAAACCAUCCACGCAAGAAGUUCUUUGUUUACCACUAAAUAAUUGAGUAGACAAUUGAAACAAACUGUUAGGUCGUAAAACAGAAAAAUGACAAAUUAGAUUUUUAUUUAAUUUUAUUCCUGUCGUUGGGUCUCAUCCAUGAAACAAGAGUGAAUCAAAUUUCUGUGUAAAACAAGUCAAAUCGUUCUUCUGUAAAUUGUGGCAUCAUGCGCCAGUUGAUGUACUAUAAGUAAAACCAAUCUUAUGUAAACUGUUGUAUCAUGCCACAGUUCAUGUAAAAUACAACCAUAAAAUGUCACAUCAUGCCACAGUUCAGAAAGUAAAGUAUUGUGUUGUAUGCAAUAAUGUAUGUAAGUGAAACCAUUCUUAUGUACAUUAUUGCACAUUGCGAGUUCAUGCAAGCAAAACCAUUCUUCUGUAAAUUGCUGAAUCAUGCGACAGUUCACAAAGAUAAAACCAUUAUUAGAUACAUUUUUGAUAAUGUGACAGUUCACUCAAAUAAGCCAUAAGUUGCCGCAUCAUGCCACAGUUCACAAUAGUUUAUCCAUUCUUAAGUAAAGUGCCGUCAUAUGUAAAAUAUUACAUAAGUAAAACCAUUAUUUUUUUAAUUGUUACAAAAUGUGAUAGUUCAUGCAAGGAAAACAAUUCAUAUGUAAAUUGUUGCAUCAUGCGAUGGUUUACGGAAGUAAAACCGUUCUUACGUAAAUUGUUGCAUCAUGCACAGUAAAACCAUUUUACUCAAAUUGUUACAUCAUGCCAUAGUUCACUCAAGUAAGACCAUUCUUGUGUAAAUUGUUGUAUCAUGUGACAGUUCACACGAUUACAAUUUUUACCUAAGUGGUCUCAUCAUGUAACAGUUUACAUAAGUAAAUUGUUGCAUCAUGCAACAGUUCACACAACUAAAAUCAAUCUUGUGUAAAUGGUCACCAGUUGUUCUACAUGGGUUUUUCCAGAAUGAGGCCCAUUGUUCCAUAAUAUUCCAUGUCUAUGAUUAAAGUACCUCUCUAUGACAGUGUAAUAUAUAUGUUUGUUGAUAUGUACAUGUAUCUCUAUUUCUUCCUGAUGUGAAUACACUUCUGCAGCUUGAGCAGUAGAAUCACUCUGCAGUUUAGAAUUUAAGGAAUAUAAAUUGCAAUGUGUAUUGUGGUGACGGCUGCAGAUGAAAAUGGUUCUGCCUUUCUUGAAUGUCCCUGUAUUUAAUCAUUCCCCUGUGCCCUGUUCUUUUCUACUCAGCUGUAGUAUACUGUACCAGCAGGACUUUCACUAAUUGGUUUGUACUGAAUGAUCUUUUUAACUCCCUUUAAUUGGCUGUGUCUCUGGCUUGUAAAUACAUUUUGGGGAAUUCUGUAUACCAGGUUCGACUUCAUUACAGUAAAGUCUAAAUACCU